AUUCUAAGAAAAAUAGCAGCGGAGAGUUAGUAGGUAUUUGGAGUGAAAGAAAAUUACUUGUCCUAAUCCUAAAAGAUACAGUCAGAGUCGGAGGUGAUUAGGAAGAUGAUGAUGAUGCGUGCAUAUUGCAAAAGUAGAGAAGAUGAAGAUGGGAAAGUGGGUCCCCUUAACACAUUAAGAUCAUACCGUAUUUAGUUUUGUUUUGCAACGAAAACAAAACAAAAUUGUUGUCUCAUUAACUGCUUCCCUCUAAACGUCCAGACUGGUCUGUCACUAUCAAAACGCUAUAUUUCCUGUUUCCUCCAUCAAUUCGAACUCUUCCCAUGUCUACUUCAACAAAAUCCCGAGAUGUUUGUAUUGUUGGUGUUGCUCGGACGCCAAUGGGUGGUUUACUUGGCACCCUAUCAUCUCUCUCUGCCAUAGAGUUAGGCUCAAUUGCUAUUAAGGCUGCUCUCAAGAGAGCAAAUGUUGAUCCAUCACUUGUGCAAGAGGUGUUUUUUGGGAAUGUUCUUAGUGCAAAUUUAGGGCAGGCUCCUGCCAGACAGGCUGCUUUAGGUGCAGGAAUACCUACAUCUGUAAUCUGCACUACUAUUAACAAGGUGUGUUCAUCAGGGAUGAAAGCUACCAUGCUUGCAGCACUGACCAUACAAUCUGGUCUCAAUGAUGUUGUUGUGACUGGUGGUAUGGAAAGCAUGUCAAAUGCACCCAAGUACAUUGUAGAAGCCAGGAAGGGAUCUCGGUAUGGACAUGAUACUAUCAUUGAUGGAAUGAUCAAAGAUGGCCUUUGGGAUGUCUAUAAUGACUUUGGCAUGGGAGUUUGUGCCGAACUAUGUGCAGAUGAGCAAGUCAUAACAAGAGAUGAGCAGGACUCUUAUGCCGUUCGAAGCUUUGAGAGAGGAAUAUCUGCACAAAAUGCUGGUCAUUUUUCUUGGGAGAUAGUUCCGGUUGAAGUUUCCAGUGGAAGAGGAAAGCCUUCCACACUUGUUGAUAGAGAUGAAGGUUUGGGGAAGUUCGAUGCUGCAAAGUUAAGGAAGCUUAGACCAAGCUUUAAAAAAGUUGGGGGCUCUGUGACUGCUGGCAAUGCUUCUAGUAUAAGUGAUGGUGCUGCGGCAUUAGUGCUAGUGAGUGAAGAGAAGGCUCGUGAGCUUGGAUUGCAUGUAAUUGCAAAGAUAAAAGGAUAUGGAGAUGCAGCUAAGGCACCCGAAUUAUUUACAACUGCUCCUUCCCUUGCAAUCCCAAAAGCUAUAUCAAAUGCUGGUCUUGAGGCUUCUCAAAUUGAUUAUUAUGAAAUAAAUGAAGCCUUUUCGGUUGUGGCUCUUGCAAAUCAGAAGCUUCUUGGUCUUAAUCCUGAAAAAGUGAACGUUCAUGGUGGAGCUGUAUCAUUGGGGCAUCCCUUGGGUUGCAGUGGAGCUCGCAUCUUAGUCACAUUAUUAGGGGUAUUGAGGCAGAAGAGAGGGAAGUAUGGUGUGGCUGCCAUCUGCAAUGGAGGAGGAGGAGCAUCUGCUCUUGUCCUUGAGCUCAUGCCAGUUGCUGUGGGACGUUCGUUAUUAUGACAACGAUCUCCUGACAUCAUACUACUUUGCAACACUUGCACAACUUUUUUUCUUUUCUUUUAAAGGACUCAUGAUGUAAUAAGUUUGGUUAAAGAAGAGAUGGUUUACUAAGGGGGUCUAGUUCAGUCUGUUGAAUGAAUGUUGUAAACUCUUUUGGUACCCGUAUUCCAUUCUCAUGAAUAAAAUAAAUAAAUGGUUUUAGUAAAGUUUUAUAACUUUAAGUGAUUGUAA